GGCUACACCCCGUCUUCCGGGUUUUCCUGCAGUCGGUUCCACCUUUCCAGGGCAUUAUCGAUCGUCCCCCGCUGUGUCGUUACCGAUCGAUCAAUAAGCUUUUGCGAAGAUGAUGCGACCGCUGACGGAUGACGAAAGACGGAAGCAGAUCAGCGUCCGCGGCAUCGCCGGAGUCGGAGAUGUGGCGGAGGUGAAGCGGACCUUCAACCGGCACCUGCACUUCACGCUGGUCAAGGACCGGAACGUGGCCACGCCGCGGGACUACUACUUCGCUUUGGCCCACACGGUCCGGGACCACGUGGUGGGCCGCUGGAUCCGGACCCAGCAGUACUACUACGAGAAGGACCCCAAGAGGGUUUAUUAUCUGUCUCUGGAGUUCUACAUGGGCAGAACCUUGCAGAACACCAUGGUGAACCUGGGCCUGAAGAACGCCUGUGACGAGGCCAUCUACCAGCUGGGGUUGGACAUGGAGGAGUUGGAGGACAUCGAGGAGGAUGCCGGUCUUGGAAAUGGUGGACUGGGGCGACUUGCAGCUUGCUUCCUGGACUCCAUGGCGACACUCGGUCUGGCAGCGUAUGGUUACGGCAUCCGCUAUGAGUUUGGCAUCUUCAACCAGAAGAUCCACGGCGGCUGGCAGGUAGAGGAGGCAGAUGAUUGGCUGCGAUAUGGGAACCCCUGGGAGAAGGCGAGGCCUGAGUACAUGCUGCCUGUUCACUUCUACGGCCGCGUGGAGCAUACUGAAGAUGGAGUCAAGUGGGUGGACACGCAGGUGGUGCUGGCGAUGCCGUACGACACUCCGGUUCCAGGCUACAAGAACAACACGGUGAACACCAUGAGACUGUGGUCCGCCAAAGCACCCAACGACUUCAAACUGCACAACUUUAACAUUGGUGAUUAUAUCGAAGCGGUUCUGGACCGGAACCUGGCCGAGAACAUUUCCAGAGUUCUCUACCCCAACGACAACUUUUUCGAGGGGAAGGAGUUGCGUCUGAAGCAGGAAUACUUCGUGGUCGCUGCCACACUGCAGGACAUCAUCCGCAGGUUCAAAUCCUCCAAGUUUGGCUGCAGAGACCCAAUCAGGACAUCAUUUGACACGUUCCCAGAGAAGGUGGCGAUCCAGCUGAAUGACACCCACCCGGCUCUGGCAAUCCCUGAGCUGAUGAGGAUCCUGGUGGACAUGGAAAAGCUGGACUGGGACAAGGCGUGGGACAUCACGCGUCAUACGUGUGCAUACACCAAUCACACGGUCCUGCCCGAGGCUCUGGAGCGCUGGCCCGUCUUCCUGUUCGAGCAGCUGUUGCCUCGACACCUCAGCAUCAUCUACGAGAUCAACCAGCGACACCUAGAUAAAAUCGCGGCCAUGUUUCCUGGGGACACGGAUCGUGUCCGGCGGAUGUCUAUUAUUGAGGAAGGAGACCCGAAGAGGAUUAACAUGGCCCACCUGUGCGUGGUCGGGUCUCACGCCGUCAAUGGAGUCGCCCAGAUCCACUCCAACAUUGUCAAGAGCACUGUCUUUAAGGAUUUCCACCAGGUGGAGCCAGAGAAGUUCCAGAACAAAACAAACGGCAUCACGCAACGCCGCUGGCUGCUGCUGUGUAACCCCGGCCUCGUCGAUGUCAUCGUUGAGAGGAUCGGUGACAACUUCCUGACUGAUCUCUUUGACCUGAAGAAAGUCCUUCAGUACGAGAACGACGAGGCCUUCAUCAGAGAGAUUGCGAGAGUCAAACAGGAGAACAAGCAGAAGUUCUCUGCCUUCCUCCAGAAGCAGAACCAGAUCCACAUAAACCCAGAGUCCCUCUUUGAUGUGCAGGUGAAGCGGAUCCAUGAGUAUAAAAGGCAGCUGCUCAACUGCCUGCACGUCAUCACGCUCUACAACCGUCUCAAACUGGAGCCCAACAAAGAGUUUGUCCCCAGGACGGUGAUGAUCGGAGGAAAAGCAGCUCCUGGCUACCACAUGGCGAAGCUGAUCAUCAAACUGAUCACCUCGGUGGGUCAUGUGAUCAAUAAUGAUGUGUCGGUGGGAGACAAACUGAAGCUGAUCUACCUGGAAAACUAUAGAGUGUCGCUGGCAGAGAAAGUGAUCCCUGCUGCCGACCUGUCGGAGCAGAUCUCCACGGCCGGCACCGAGGCUUCUGGAACAGGGAACAUGAAGUUCAUGCUGAAUGGGGCACUGACCAUUGGGACCAUGGACGGGGCCACGGUGGAGAUGGCCGAGGAGGCCGGCGAGGAAAACCUCUUUAUUUUCGGCAUGAGGGUGAAGGAUGUGGAGGAGGUGGACAAAACCGGCUACAACGCUCGGGCGUAUUACAAACGUCUGCCUGAACUGAAGCUGGCCAUCGAUCAGAUCCAGGCUGGAUUCUUCAGUCCUGCAGAACCGGACCUCUUCAGAGAUCUGGUCCAGAUGCUGAUGAGUCAUGACAGGUUUAAGGUGUUUGCAGAUUAUGAAGAUUACGUUGGCUGUCAGGAGAAAGUCAGUCAACUGUACAAGAACCCCAGAGACUGGACCAGGACCGUGAUCCGCAACAUUGCCGCUGCCGGCAAGUUCUCCAGUGACCGGACCAUCUCUGAAUACGCCACUCACAUCUGGGGCGUCGAACCUUCUGGCGUGAAGAUCCCACCGCCCAAUGAACCGCUGUUUGAGGCCCGAGACUGAGAGUUGUGAUGCUUGGUUAAAAAAAAAGAAGACAAAAAACAGCUGUUUUUUCUUACAGUACUUUGUAUCUCCAUGGUAACAUAAUGUUCAUUAGUUACAACCUAAGAUCCCAGAACCUGAAUUUGUGUGUAACUGAAUAAAGGAUUGAAAAGUAAAGUGCUGCACUCGACCUCGCUAAUUACAGUUAGCUAAAGGUGCUUCCAUCGCUCUGUGACAGCGGUUGCUUGUCUGUGUUAGAUGAAAUAUCUGUCAGUCAUCUUCCAAGGGGCGUGUCCACAAAAUGUAACCCGGAGCCCGAAUCUGAGGGUUUCCUUGUACGAAAGUCCUCCUCCCUGCAGUUAUGAAUGUCACAGAUGACUCACGUAAUCAGAGCGGUGUGUGUUUGUGUGUGUGACAGACGCCAGUAGGAGGCGCUGUGCAAGUGGUAAUCAAUAGGCUUCAGAACCCAGAUUUUUCAACAUUUAGUCUUCACAAAAUCAAUCACAAAUAUUGAUCCCAAUACACUAAGUGAAAAAUGUGUCACGUUAGUAACGUCAUGUGAAAUUUUUAUUUGUUACCGUUGAGGAUUUGAUGUCAGACUGAAUCAGUUUGUAACGGUUGACAUUUUAGCGCCCCCUUCAGUAUAUUCAGACUCAAACGAUCCAAAGUAAAAUGACACGCGCAGCUACUCAAAACAAAUAUUUAAUUAAUAAUUCAAGUUUUAACAGGAGACAUCUUAAAAACAAACCAAAACCAGAGUGAAACAUUUGAAGUGGAAAUAAGCAAAACAGUGUAGGAGGUGUCGCAACCACACGAGCUCCAGCAACAGAACCAACAACCGCCCCACAAAACACGUGGUCAGGGUGACGGCCGGACCAGUGCUGAUCAGACGAAUGCAGAAAAAUAAGGAA